AUGCCGCCCCACACAGCAGCCACACUCGCCGCCAGGGCGCGAGGCUGCAUACAGCCGGCGAGCACAUACGGACGCGCAGCCGCAUACCGGCGGUUAUCCACCGCGCCAUUGGCGCCGCGGUCAUUGGCGACACAGCCAUCGCUCUCUGCUGAUGCAUCGCCCCUCACGUUCCUGCGAAGCACCUUCCUGCCGCAAGACGUCCUCUUCCGCACCGCCGCCGCACAUGCACGCCACUUCUCCUCGCAGUCUGCCCGCUACCAGCAGGCGCAGGCGCAGAAGCAGAAGGACGCAAAGGACGCAAAGGACGUAAAGGACGAGGCCGCUGAGUCCCAAGCCGGCCCCAAGAAGGCUGCCGACGAGCAGAGCAAAGAGGAAGAAGACGCCAAGGCGAAGAAGGAGGGCGACGAGGACGCCGGCGAGCAGCAAGACGGCGAAGAGGGCAAGAAGAAGGGCGAGAAGCAGGACAAGCCGCCGCCACCGCCCCACGGCGACAAGACCCCAUGGCAGGUCUUCACCGAGACUCUGCAGCAGGAGUUCCAGGCCUCGAAGGAGUGGAACGAGUCCACCAAGCAGCUGUCCGGAGGCAUCCAUGACUUCACCCAGGAUCCUCGCGUUCAGAAGGCGAAAGAGGCGUCAGAGGCGGCCAAGACAAAGACCGCAGCAGCGCUGAAGGCCACAGCAUCAGCCGUUGGCCACGGUGCUGCAUGGACGUGGGACACCAUGCCCGUCAAGGGCGUCCGAGCUGCUGCCCGAGUCACGGGAACCGGGCUCGACUACGCCACGCGGCCAGUGCGCCAGACCAAGGCCUUCCAAGCCGUCAAGGAGACCAUCGACGACGGCAGCUCCUCCCGCUACGGAGGCUGGGUCGAGAAGGAGGAGCGCAGGAAGCGAAGGGAGUUGCGCGAGCUGAACGAGCUCCGGCGAACCGGCGGGAGACCCAUCGGACCCAUGGAGGAGGACAUUGAGGCCGGCACCAACGUCACACUCCACAAGGAUGCAAAGUACAAGGAGGUCUGGAGAGACUGGAAGGACAACUCCAAGAUCGCCCAGGGCUUCUUCAGCAUGAAGCAGACGUACGGCGAGUCCGACAACGCCAUCAUCACGACCGCUCGCAGCAUCACCGACCGCAUCACUGGCUUCUUCGCCGAGAACGAGACCGCCAUGGUCAUCAAGAAGUUCCGCGAGAUGGACCCCAACUUCCAGAUGGAGCCGUUCCUCACCGAGAUGCGCGAAUACAUUCUGCCUGAAGUCCUAGACGCCUACGUCAAGGGCGACAUCGACGUCCUGAAGCAGUGGCUCUCUGCGGCGCAAUACUCGGUCUACGCCGCCCUCAUGCAGCAGUACAAGACCGCCGGUCUCAAGUCCGACGGCAAGAUCGUCGACAUCCGCGGUGUCGACGUCCUGAACGCCAAGCUGCUCGAGCCUGGUGAGAUCCCCGUCUUCAUCCUCACCGCUCGCACACAGGAGGUGCACGUCUACAGGAACGCAAAGUCGGGCGAGCUUGCCUCGGGCAUGGACGACAAGGUCCAGCAGGUCACAUACGCCAUCGGCGUCACCAGGAUACCCGAAGACGUCAACAACCCGGAGACAAGAGGAUGGAGACUGAUCGAGCUCCAGAAGAGCGCUAGGGAUUACUACUGA